AUGAACAGUUCAGACAUAGAUUUAGAAAGUGUUCGACAGGACUAUAGGGCCUCUUUGGCAGACCUCACUUGGAACUCCAAGCCGAUGAUCACUCACUUGACUAUUAUAGCGCAAGAGAACAUAAAAGCUGCAAAUGCCAUAGUACAAGCUAUAGAAGACCGAAUACGGAACGCGGCUCCCGAGCUCAAACUACCAGUUCUCUACCUCCUAGACUCGAUAAGCAAAAACGUUGGAGGGAUAUAUAUCCAAAUAUUCUCACAUAAUUUAGCUCGUACAUUUCUUGAUGCUUACAAUGUAGUCGAUCAAGCCACAAAACAAAAAUUAGAGAAGGUUCUAUCUACUUGGAAACAAGGACUUAAUGGAAACCCAGUGUUUCCACAGGAGAUUACAUCUUUGAUAGAGCGAUCUUUAUCGAGGCAACAUCCAAGGACAAUUGAUAGUGGAAGGUCUGGUAUACAUAUCAAUCCCAACUUUUUGGCUGGCAGAAACCAAAAUACGCUGCCGCCAUAUCAACCACCACAACAGCAACCACCACCGCAGCAACCACCUCAAGCGCAGCCGCAACAACCGCAGCCAUCACAGCAGCAGCAACAACAACCACCACAACAACCACAGCAACCGCAACCGCAACAACCGCAACCUCAACCAUUAUCCACACCACAACAAACAACACAGGUACCAAAUGCUCAACAGCCAUCAGUUCCGCCGACGCAUUUUGCCCUUCCUUCAUAUUCCAAACCACCCAGUCGACAAGGAUAUUUCCCUACCCAACAGUUUCCAACAACAACAACAGGUCCGCAGCGAGUCCCACAGAGUCAGGUAUUUGUUCCUUCUGGUGAUCAAUCACAGUUGAUUCAGGAGUAUAGAGCAUUACUUGUCCAGAGGCAGCAAUAUGCCUUGAUGAACCCAGGAAACCCGGGAGAUAUUAAUAAUAACAAUAGUCAGAUCUCUGCUUUGCAGCAGAUCAUUGACAUAAUGCAAAAAACGCCACUCACACCAGACCAAAUAGCAACUCUUCGUUCCCAGAUCUCCAGUACAUACCCUAAUUCAGCCCCAACCGCACCAUCGCCAUCGCCUCUUGUUUCUGCAUCUUUCAAUAAACAAACAAUGUCAACUCUUACAACUCUUUCAAAUGCAUCUGAUCUUGCCGCCUUGAUUGCUGGCCAAAGGGCAGCGUUUGGCGUACAGCCGGCAUUUACUGGAAGCAUUUCGGGUAUCCCGAAUAUUGCUGCAAACAUUGCGAACAUUGCAAACAUUGCUAAUUUAGCUAAUGUCGCUAGACCCGUCCAAAUGCAACCUGCGCCGCCGCAAGUGCCACCUCCCCAGAUGCAGCCCACUAUGCCCUUACAACCUCUUGGUGGUGUCACUGAUCCGACAACUCUGAUCAGAAAUCUAAUGGAACAUGGCUUAUUGAACCCGAAUGGGACGUUAAAUACUAACAAUUUGCUAACACCUGGAGUUACCACGUUGAGAUUGACUUCAGAGACUUCUAGCCGUAGAAAUGGAAGCGGAACGCAGAUCACGGACGUACAGAUUCUUCAUGUUGAUCAGUUGGGGAAGAUUGAGUUGACGAGCGCUGAGCUUCAGAGACGUCGAGAAGGAGCAAUGUCGAUACUUUAUGAUGCGUAUCCUUCACAAUGUAAGCAAUGUGGGUUUAGGUAUGCAAAAACCGAGGAAGGUAAGGCAAAAAUGGAUGCUCAUCUGGAUCGACACUUUCGACAAAAUCGUCGAAUGAAGGAGAAAGCCAAGAAAGCGCAGACGCGUGCUUGGUUUGUCAGUAAAGAGGAUUGGAUCCACGUACGAGAAGAUGACACUAGUGCAUCGUCUGCAACAAACCCUGCCCAUAGCACGACAUCCACGAAAUCUUCCAGCGCUGCGACGAACGCAAAAGAUACCAUCGCCGAGUCGACCGUUGUUGCUCCGAUUGAUAAAAUCAACAAACCCUGUCCGAUUUGCCAGGAAAAGUUUAAGAGUUUCUAUUCCGAUGCUGAGGAAGAGUGGUUGUUAAAGAAUGCUGUGCUGGUAGAUGGCGUUAUCUAUCAUGCUACUUGUCAUGCCGAUGUUACCAAGAGUCAACAGCUGUCACGUGAGAGUAGUAGUAUAGGAUCGUUGUUGAAAGAGCCGACGACAUAUAGGAAACGGAAAGCUGAUAUGGAUGGCAUUCUCGACAACCAAAUGGAGUUGAAGCGUCAUAUAGUACCGGACUUGGAAGGGAAAGCGCAAGCACUUACAGCACAGCCAUCCGCGACAUGA